GAAAACGUAAAGUUAAGGUCCCCAACUUGAGUAUUAACACUUAUUCUUCUCUAACAAUUCCAAAAUAUUUCAUUUAUCACCGCCAUGGAAGAAGACCAGAAGAUGCAAAAUCUGAAAUCCCCACUGAUUCCGAUCUCAUCGCCGCCGCAGCCGGAGAACGGCGGAUCCGUUGGGAAGGAGGAGAUUGUGGCGGAGGUGAAGAAGCAGCUGACGCUGGCGGGGCCGCUGGUAUCGGUAAAUCUGUUGAUAAAUUGUUUGCAGAUGAUUUCGGUCAUGUUCGUCGGUCACCUCGGGCAGCUCCCUCUCGCCGGCGCCUCCAUGGCUACUUCUUUCGCCUCUGUAACUGGUUUCAGUCUCCUGAAUGGAAUGGGAAGUGCAUUGGAAACCUUUUGUGGACAGUCAUAUGGAGCCAAACAAUAUCACAUGUUGGGAAUCCACAUGCAAAGAGCCAUGGUUGUUCUUCUUCUCGCCAGCCUCCCCCUCGCCGCCGUUUGGUUCAACGCCGGCGACAUUCUCCGGCUGCUCGGCCAAGACCCCGAGAUCUCGGCGGAGGCCGGCCGAUACGCCCGUUUCAUGAUCCCCAGCAUCUUCGCCUAUGCAAUUCUCCAGUGCCAUGUCCGCUUCUUGCAGACCCAAAACAACGUGCUUCCCAUGGCCCUCGCCGCCGGAGCCACGGCGGCGCUCCACUGCUUUACGUGUUGGGUUUUGGUUUUCCGAUCGGGGCUAGGGAACAAGGGGGCGGCCAUGGCGAACGCCGUGUCUUACUGGAUAAAUGCGGCGGCGUUGGUGAUUUAUGUCAGGGUGUCGCCGUCGUGCCGGAAGACUUGGACUGGUUUCUCCGGCGAGGCGUUUCGUGGGAUUCUUAACUUUUUCAAACUCUCCGUUCCUUCCGCUCUAAUGCUCAGCUUGGAGAUAUGGUCAUUUGAGAUGGUGGUUUUGCUAUCAGGGUUUCUUCCCAAUCCAAAGCUUGAAACUUCAGUUCUAUCAAUCAGCCUCAACACGUGCUCAAUGAUUUACAUGAUACCCCUUGGCAUCAGUGGUGCAGUAAGCACGAGAGUGUCAAAUGAACUUGGGGGAGGGAGGCCAAUGGCUGCAAUUUUAGCAGGAUGUGUUGCAUUGGGAACAGUGGGGACAGAGGGGGCAGUAGCAGCCGUAAUACUGAUCACUUGCAGGCGAAUAUGGGGUUACUGUUACAGCACAGAUGAGACUGUGGUUGGAUAUGUGGCUCAAAUGUUGAUUUUGCUUGCAAUUCUCCACUUCUUUGAUGGAAUCCAAUCUAUCUUCUCAGGUAUUAUAAGAGGAUGUGGAAGGCAGAAGAUUGGUGCCUUUAUUAACUUGGGAGCUUAUUACCUUGUGGGUAUCCCUGUUGCCAUUUUUCUAGCCUUCUUUCAAGGCAUUGGAGGACAGGGGCUAUGGAUGGGAAUCAUGGUGGCUGUGUUCUUACAAGGUUUAUGUCUUGGAGUCUUGAUUGUAUGCACAAAUUGGGAUAAAGAAGUUAGGAAAGCUGCGGAUAGAGUUACGAAUUCGAUGCCAGAAAAUCUUUUACAAUGAUACAAUUGAUUAGUCAUUACUAUACAUUGAUGUCGUCCUUCAUUGAUUGUAAUUUUUGUAGUCUACCAAACAUUUUUCGAUUUUUGAAUUCAAUUAUUUUUGACCUAA